AUGGACACUUCACAAAAAUUCGAUAUCCCGCCGGGAGUGCCCACGUGCUUGGUGCCGUUCGAUAAAGGAUGGGAUGAGCAGUUCUGGGCUACAAUCAGUUAUUACGAACUGAACACGAGGGUCGGGGAGCAAGUGAAGGUCUCCUCCUCGACGAUCACAAUCGACGGAUUCACUGAUCCGUGCACAAACGGAAGCAAGAUCAGUCUGGGGCUCUUCUCGAAUGUGAACCGGAAUGCAACAAUCGAGAAUACCAGAAGACAUAUUGGAAAUGGUGAGGGGAUUCAGAUGAACUGCCACGUCUCCGUCCUUUUCAGGGGUCAAACUCACUUACGUCCGCAGCAACGGAGCCCUUUUUGCUCAGUGCGAAAGCGAUUCGGCCAUAUUUGUUCAGUCGAGAAACUGCAAUUAUAUCAACGGGUUCCAUCCGACUACAGUCGUCAAGAUCGCCAACAAAUGCUCAUUGAAGAUAUUCGAUAUGGAAGUGUUCAGAACUGUUUGUGCACUUCUUCUCAAUUUUAUUAUUCUUGUGGUAUUCAGCUGCUCGAAGAUUGCAGUCGUCGUGGAUUCGAUGCCUCGUUCGACCUUCAGAAGAUGACGUUCAUCCGAAUGUCUUUCGUGAAAGGAUGGGGAGCCGAGUACCAGAGACAGGACGUCACUUCGACUCCUUGUUGGAUUGAGAUCCAUCUCCACGCUCCUCUCAUGGUAAUGUUCCCUUUCUUUCCUUCUUCCAACUCACCUUUUCUUCCAGUGGCUCGAUCGUGUUCUCUUCACAAUGUCACCGACUCCGCGUCCGAUUUCCUCCAUUUCCUGA